GAUUCCUGUCAUGUUAGUCUACCCUUCAUCCCAACGAAGGAACACACUUUGUUAUUCAUUCCAAAAUUGUCAGGAGCAACGUGGAAAUAAAUUUGGUUUAAUUGUCUUCUUCAAGGAACUCGACUGAAUAGUUGGUCGAGAAGGCGUAACCCGUAACCAGAGAGCGUGUAGUCCCCAAUGGCAUCCACUCGCAUGAUGAACGCCUUCCACCGAAACGUCAACCUGUAUCGCAGGGUGCAGGUCACCCGGCCGGUCACCCCCUUGGCCGGCGGUGGACCCCUGUUGAGCCAGGGUCUUCGUCCGUACGACUAUCACAUCCUGAGCAGGGGACUGGCGGACAAGUGCGAGGGCAAGUCAGUCAUCAAGGGCGUUGUGGUGGGUGUGUAUGCCAAAGAGGGUGACAAGGAUCCCAAGAUGACGUCCAGCGGCGAGAAGUUCGAUGACCGGACCUCGGGCAAGAUCUCGGAGCUGAUACGCGAAACUGGACUCAAGGGCGAGCUGGCCAAGGGCAAGGUCUUCAUGAAUGUUGAUUCCGAGUUCCGGGCGGUGGCGGUGGUUGGACUCGGCCAGGAGGGUGCCGGCUUCAAUGACCUGGAGAUGAUUGACGAGGGAAUGGAGAACGCCCGCGUAGCCGCUGGCGUGGGAGCUAGAUCCCUGCAGCUCCAGGGCUGCACGGAGGUGUAUGUGGACUCCAUGGAGUACCCGGAGCAGGCGGCCGAGGGCAGUGCUCUGGCCAUUUGGCGCUACAACAGCAACAAGCGCAAACAGAACCGCACCCACAUCCCCAAGCUGGAUCUCUACGACUCGCCCGAUGUGGAUGCCUGGACGAGGGGUUUGUUCAAGGCGGAGUCCCAGAACUUGGCUCGGCGACUGAGCGACUCCCCCGCCAACCAGAUGACCCCCACCAUCUUUGCCCAGUCGACGGUGGACGCUUUGUGCCCGUGUGGUGUUUCUGUGGAGGUGCGCACCAUGGACUGGAUUGAGCAGCAGCACCUGAACUCCUUCCUGAUGGUGGCCAAGGGCAGCUGUGAGCCACCCGUCGUCCUGGAGGUCAGCUACUGCGGCACGUCGCCGGAGGACAAGCCCAUCCUGCUCCUGGGCAAGGGGCUGACCUACAACAGUGGAGGCCUGUGCCUGCGGCCCAAGAACUGCCUGCACAUGUACCGGGGAUGUAUGGCCGGGGCGGCGGUGUGUGUGGCCGCCAUCCGGGCAGCGGCCGCCUUGUCGCUGCCUAUCAACAUCACCGCCGUCCUGCCGCUGUGCGAGAACAUGCCCUCCGGCAUGGCCGUGAAGCCGGGCGAUGUGGUCACUCUGCUGAACGGAAAGACCAUGGGCAUCGUGGACGUGAGCAAGGCCGGUGUGGUGGUGAUGGCCGAUCCGCUCCUCUUCGCCCAGACGACAUUCAAGCCGCGACUGGUAGUGGACCUGGCCACCGUGGGCUAUGGCGUCUGUGCCGGACUCGGGGGAGCAGCUGCCGGAAUGUUCAGCAAUUCGAACUUCAUCGCCAAGCAGAUGGAGAAGGCCGGCGGACUGACUGGCGAUCGCGUUUGGCGUCUGCCCCUGUGGCGCUACUUCAAGCAGCUGGUGACCCCGAACCUAACCUACGACAUCAGCAAUAGGGGGCGCGGCCCGGCCUCCAGUUGUAUAGCCGCUGCCGUGCUGCACGAGCUGGUGCCGUGCGUGGACUGGGCCCACAUCGAUAUCCGGAAUGUGGGCAUGCUGACGCGACACAAUCCGCUGCCGUACUUACUGAAGGACCGCAUGACCGGGAGGCCCACUCGCACGAUCAUCCAGUUUCUGUACCAGAUGGCCUGUCCGGACAGCAAGUGAUCGCCCGGCCGGACGGGAUCGCUGGGAUGGGACAUCUGGCAUCUGGCUAGCUCGCUUCCACGUCCUCAAUGUUCUUUGUUCCGUUUCUCGUUU